AUGUCCAGGAUCCGUCCCCAAUUGUCCAAAGAGAAAAUAGAGGGAUGUCACAUCUGCACCUCGGUGACGCCUGGCGAGCCCCAAGUCCUGCUGGGGAAGGACAAGGCCUUCACCUAUGACUUUGUCUUUGACCUGGACACAUGGCAGGAUCAGAUCUACACAACGUGCGUGGGCAAGCUCAUUGAAGGCUGCUUCGAGGGCUACAAUGCCACCGUGCUGGCAUACGGCCAGACUGGUGCAGGGAAGACGUACACCAUGGGCACUGGCUUCGACAUGAACAUCUCUGAGGAAGAGCAGGGCAUCAUCCCGCGGGCCAUCGGCCACCUCUUCAGCGGCAUCGAGGAGCGCAAGCGGGUGGCACAGAGUCAGGGUGUGGCGGCACCCGAGUUCAAAGUCAGCGCCCAGUUCCUGGAGCUCUACAAUGAGGAGAUCCUGGACCUGUUUGACAGUGCCCGCGACCCUGAUGCACGCCACCGCAAAUCCAACAUCAAAAUCCAUGAGGAUGCCAGCGGGAGCAUCUACACCACGGGGGUCACGUCGCGCCUCAUCAGCUCGCAGGAUGAGCUGAUCCAGUGCCUAAAACAGGGGGCUCUUUCCCGCACCACCGCCAGCACCCAGAUGAAUGUGCAGAGCUCCCGGUCCCAUGCCAUCUUCACCAUUCAUCUAUGCCAGAUGAGAGUGUGCACCCGCCCGGAGCUGGUGAAUGGGGAGGUGAACAGCCUCCUGGACGGAGCCCAGCCCACCACCGAGUACGAGACCCUCACGGCCAAGUUUCACUUUGUAGACCUGGCUGGCUCAGAGAGGCUGAAGCGAACAGGUGCUACUGGCGAGAGAGCGAAGGAAGGCAUCUCCAUCAACUGUGGACUGCUGGCCUUGGGGAAUGUCAUUAGUGCCCUCGGAGACCAGAGCAAGAAAGUUGUGCACGUGCCCUACCGUGACUCCAAGCUCACCCGCCUGCUGCAGGAUUCCCUUGGGGGCAACAGCCAAACCAUCAUGAUUGCCUGCGUGAGCCCAUCUGACCGGGACUUCAUGGAGACCCUGAACACGCUCAAGUAUGCUAACCGGGCUCGCAACAUCAAGAACAAGGUGGUGGUGAACCAGGACAAGACAAGUCAACAGAUCAGUGCCCUGCGGGCCGAGAUUGCCCGCCUGCAGAUGGAGCUGAUGGAGUACAAGGCGGGCAAGCGGGUCAUUGGGGAGGAUGGCUCGGAGAGAUACAGUGACCUUUUCCACGAGAACGCCAUGCUGCAGAAGGAGAACAGCACCCUGCGCAUGCGGGUGAAGGCCAUGCAGGAGGCCAUCGAUGCUAUCAACAGCAGGGUCACCCACCUCAUGAGCCAGGAGGCCAAUCUGAUGCUGGCCAAGGCAGGUGACGGUAAUGAAGCCAUUGGCACCCUCAUCCAGAACUACAUCCGGGAGAUUGAAGAGCUGAGGACGAAGCUUUUGGAGAGCGAGUCCAUGAAUGAAUCUCUGCGUCGCAGCCUCUCACGUGUCUCUGCCCGGCCCCCCUACUCCAUGGGCUCAUCCCCAGCAUCUGGCUUGGCUGGCCUGUGCAGCCCUGCUGCUCCGGUGGAGACAGAGGCCUCUGAUGUCCUCCGACGGGCCAAGCAGGACCUGGAGCGCCUGAAAAAGAAAGAGAGGAGGCAGCGGAGGAAAAGCCCAGAGAAGGAAGCAUUUAAGAAGCGGCAGAAGCUGCAGCAGGACAAUGGGGAGGAGACGGAUGAGAACGAGGUGGAAGAGGAGGAAGAGGAACAGGAUGAGAGUGGCUGUGAGGAAGAAGAUGGACAUGAAGAUGAGGAUGAGGACUCAGCCAGUGAAGAGAGCCUGGUGGACUCAGACUCGGAUGCAGAGGAGAAGGCCGUGAAUUUCCAGGCCGACCUGGCGGAUCUGACUUGCGAGAUAGAGAUCAAGCAGAAGCUGAUUGAUGAGCUGGAGAACAGCCAGCGGCGCCUGCAGACCCUGAAGCACCAGUACGAGGAGAAGCUGAUCCUGCUGCAGAACAAGAUUCGGGACACACAGCUGGAGCGGGACCGGGUCCUGCAGAACCUCAGCACCAUGGAGUGCUACACAGAGGAGAAAGCCAACAAGAUCAAAGCAGACUACGAGAAGCGGCUGAAGGAGAUGAACCGGGACCUGCAGAAGCUCCAGGCAGCCCAGAAGGAGCAUGCUCGCCUGCUCAAGAACCAGUCCCGCUACGAGCGGGAGCUGAGGAAGCUGCAGGCGGAGGUGGCUGAGAUGAAGAAGGCAAAGGUUGCGCUGAUGAAGCAGAUGCGAGAGGAGCAGCAGCGGAGGCGGCUGGCAGAGACAAAGAGGAAUCGGGAGAUCGCGCAGCUCAAGAAGGAGCAGCGCCGGCAGGAGUUUCAGAUCCGGGCUCUGGAGUCUCAGAAGCGGCAGCAGGAAAUAGUGCUGCGGAGGAAAACCCAGGAGGUCUCAGCGCUGCGCCGUCUUGCCAAGCCCAUGUCAGACCGGGUCGCAGGCAGGGCAAGCCAGAAGCCGGCCAUGCUGGACUCGGGUGCGGAGGUCUCGGCCAGCACCACCUCUUCCGAGCCUGAGUCUGGCGCUCGCUCCGUCUCCAGCAUUGUGCGCCAGUGGAACAGGAAAAUCAACAACUUUCUGGGAGACCCUCCAUCCUCCGUGAACGGGGCUCGGCCCGCCAGGAAGAAAUUCCCCAAGAAGGGGGCGAGCCAGACCUUCAGCAAAGCCGCCCGCCUCAAGUGGCAGUCACUGGAGCGGCGCAUCUUCGACAUCGUGAUGCAGAGGAUGACCAUUGUCAACCUGGAGGCUGACAUGGAGCGGCUCAUCAAGAAACGCGAGGAGCUGGCACUGCUGCAGGAAGCAUUGCUGGGCAAGAGGAUGAAACUGCAGGCAGAGACCCCCAAGGAGCAGAAAGGGCUACAGGAGCUGAAUGAGGAGAUCGAGGUGCUGGGGGCCAACAUUGACUACAUCAAUGACAGCAUUUCUGACUGCCAGGCCACCAUCAUGCAGAUCGAGGAGACCAAGGAGGAACUGGACUCCACAGACACCUCAGUGGUGAUCAGCUCCUGCUCCCUGGCCGAAGCCCGGCUCCUGCUGGACAACUUCUUGAAGGCUUCCAUCGACAAGGGGCUGCAGGUGGCUCAGAAGGAGGCCCAGAUCCGCCUGCUGGAGGGGCGCCUGCGGCAAACAGACAUGACCAGCUCCUCGCAGAACCAUGCCAUCCUGGAUGCCCUGCGAGAGAAGGCUGAGUCACACCCCGAGCUGCAGGCCCUGAUCCACAACGUCCAGCAAGAGAACGGCUACACCAGCACGGAUGAGGAGGUCUCAGAGUUCAGCCUGGCUUCAGAUGGGAGCAUCUCCCAGUCUUUCACCAUGAAGGGCUCAGCAAGCCAGGAUGAUUUCAAGUUCAAGGGAGAGCCCAAGCUCUCAGGGCAGAUGAAGGCAGUGUCAGCUGAGUGUCUAGGACCCACGCUGGAUGUCUCCACCAAGAACAUCACCAAGUCCUUGGCAUCCCUCAUGGAGAUCAAAGAGGAUGGGAUCAGCUUCUCCAUCCGAGACCCCUAUUACAAGGAGAAGGUGUCACGCACCAUCAGCCUGCCCACGCGAGGAAGCACCUUUCCCAGGCAAUCUCGUGGCUUGGACACUUCACCUCUGACAAGGAGGAAAUCCUAUGACCGUGGCCAACCUGCCAGGCCUCCAGAUGUUGGCUUCACGCCUCCCUCAUCCCCACCCACCCGUCCACGCAACGACCGCAAUGUCUUCUCUCGUCUCACGAGCAACCAGAGCCAGGGGUCUGCCUUGGAUAAGUCUGAUGACAGCGAUUCCUCUGUCUCGGAGGUGCUGAGGGGCAUCAUUAACCCAGUGGGUGGCACCAAGAAUGCCCGGACAGCCCCGCUGCAGUGUGUCUCCAUGGCAGAAGGACAUACCAAGCCUGUGCUCUGCCUCGAUGCCACUGAUGAGCUGCUUUUCACUGGGUCUAAAGACAGGAGCUGCAAAAUGUGGAACCUGGUGACAGGCCAAGAAAUUGCUUCCCUCAAGGGUCACCCAAACAAUGUGGUUUCCAUCAAGUACUGCAGCCAUACGGGGCUGGUGUUCACUGUGUCCACAUCAUACAUCAAAGUGUGGGACAUCCGGGACUCGGCCCGGUGCAUCCGCACCCUCACAUCUUCUGGACAGGUGAUCUCUGGGGACGCGUGUGCUGGGACCACCACCCGCACUGUCACCAGUGUGCAGGGGGAGCACCAGAUCAACCAGAUUGCUCUCAACCCCACUGGCACUAUGCUCUAUGCUGCCACUGGUAAUUCUGUCCGCAUCUGGGAGCUGAGCAGGUUGCAGCCCAUCGGGAAGCUGAGUGGCCACAUCGGGCCUGUGAUGUGUCUCACGGUAAACCAGACAGCGAGCAACCACGACCUGGUGGUCACAGGCUCCAAAGAUCACUAUGUCAAGGUGUUUGAGAUUGCUGAGGGCAUGGUGGGCAAUAUUGGCCCCACUCACAACUUUGAGCCCCCUCACUAUGAUGGCAUCGAGUGCCUGGCCAUCCAGGGAGACAUCCUUUUCAGCGGUUCCAGGGACAACGGCAUAAAGAAGUGGGAUCUGGAGCAGCAGGAACUUACCCAGCAAAUCCCCAAUGCCCACAAAGACUGGGUCUGUGCCCUCGCCUUCAUCCCUGGCCGCCCCAUGGUGCUGAGUGCUUGCCGAGGAGGCAUGAUCAAAGUCUGGAAUGUGGACACCUUCACCCCAGUUGGGGAGAUCAAAGGGCACGACAGCCCCAUCAAUGCCAUCUGCACCAACUCAAAGCACAUCUUCACUGCCUCCAGCGACUUGACAGUGAAGCUGUGGAGCGGGAGGAGGUUACCUGCGGGGUCAAACUAAGAACUGCAUAAAGACUGGAAGACAUGACAGGAGGGUGAAUGUCAGGGUACCUCUCCCUCGCUAUCAAGACCCGGUCACCUACAGGAGCCCAUGGAUAGGGAUUUCUUUGUGCCUGACCCAACGGGGUGGACGAUGUCCCAUAUGGUACUUUGAGCACUGCCAGCCCCUGUGAGGAGGCAGCUCUGUGGGUCACAGUCAGCUCCACCUUCCCUCCUACUGAGGUUUCUUGAUGGUUUUCCGGUGACCAGGAAAUGUUUCAUCUGUCUCCUCAUUCACCCUGCUGUAAUGCCUGCUGGGACUUCCAGGGGUCAGAGCUCCUUGACUCCUUCUCAAAGACACCCAAUUCCCUCCUGCCACCAUGAUCUGCUGCUUCUGUUCCUGUUGGCUCCGGGGCUGGUUCCUGUAGGAGUCUUUCUCCACUCCAUGGCCAUGAGGACAUUUGGUGUCUGCUGGCCAGGACCACAGCAUAGAGGGGCUGUUUCUUUGAAGAUGUUACUCGUGGGACAGCCUCUCUGCUGUUGGGGGUCUGCAGAAGGAUUUCCAGGUAGUCCUAUCGUUUCCCAUCCUCCAUCUACCUGUCCCCAGCGGUUGGAGCUGUGCACCUCUGAGCUCCUUUGCCCUGUCCCGGAUCUGGAGACAUGGCAAGCCUGGGAAGAUCUUCGUCAUACAACUUCCAGACAAACCCGCUGCAGUUCCCUUCGAUGUUCUCCAAACCCCAGUCAUAAACUCAACUGACCCAUGGCUCUCGGGCUCUUCCCCAUGUGCCCACCCUGCUCUGCAGUGGGGAAGGGAAGGGCUGGUUAGCCCUGCUCUUGACACCUUGGCCCUCAGCAGGGGUUUUGUAGUGGGUUCCUGCAGCACAUUAGCCCCCUUGAGAUGGAGAAACGAAGCAAGAAUGGAGGUUACAGGGCAAAGAAGCCAAGGCUGGAUUUGUCACCCCCACCCCUGUGGGCCCAUCUUGUUCUGCCAUCACUGGGAGCUGGAGGCUGUAAAUCCUUCCCCCAGGCUCUGCUCUCAGCCCUCUACCUGGGAGGGGGGCUAGCUCAGGUUUGGCCUGUCAUCCCCUGUGGAUCCAGGAGCCAGAGAGAGCCCAGCAAGGCAUGGAGCAGCUGG